AUGAGACCCCCCAGUUGUGCUAUCGCACUUAAAAAUGUUGGUAGAAUAAAAAAACAUGGAAGGAAAAAUCUGGUGUCAAAAAACCCAUACCUGAGGCUGCUCGUGAAGCUAUACCGUUUUCUUGCCAGAAGAACGAAUGCCAAUUUUAACAAAAUAAUUGCCAAAAGACUUAUUAUGCCAAAGCGCUUCAGGCCUCCCUUGUCGCUCUCCAAAUUGCAUCGCCACAUGGCCAACUACCAGGACAGCAUAGCAGUCGUCGUUGGAUCAAUAACGGAUGAUAAGAGGCUAUAUGAAUGCAAAAAGUUAAAAGUCUGCGCUCUGAGAUUUACCGAAACGGCUAGAAAACGAAUUUUGGAUGCUGGGGGAGAAUGUCUAACCUUUGAUCAGCUAGCUUUGAAAUACCCCACGGGACAGAGGUGUAUACUUUUAAGAGGUCCCACCAAGGCCAGAACGGCUGAGAAGCAUUUCGGUAAGGCCCCAGGUAGACCAAAAUCGAAGGCCAGACCAUACGUCCGUUCCAAGGGAAGAAAAUUUGAAAAGGCACGAGGAAGAAGAAAGUCUAGAGCGUACAAGAAAUGA